GGAAGUCGUGCACCUGCCAUGCUCCCUGUCGUGCUCUGCUCCUGAAGGCCUCUGCGUCCCAGCUCGGCCUGGAAGCAAAGGUUGGUUCACUCCCUGAGCCAGGCCAGCCAGGCGCACUGCAUGCACAUUUGGCCCUGGUCUAGGGCACUCUAAGCAGAGCCAGCAGCAUGGACUUCGUCAUGAAACAGGCCCUCGGAGGGGCCACCAAAGACAUGGGGAAGAUGCUGGGAGGAGAGGAGGAGAAGGACCCGGAUGCCCAGAAGAAGGAGGAGGAGCGGCAGGAGGCGCUGCGGCAGCAGGAGGAGGAGCGCAAGGCCAAGCACGCGCGCAUGGAGGCCGAGCGCGAGAAAGUCCGGCAGCAGAUCCGAGACAAGUACGGGCUGAAGAAGAAGGAAGAGAAGGAGGCCGAGGAGAAGGCAGCCCUGGAGCAGCCCUGCGAGGGCAGCCUGACCCGGCCCAAGAAGGCCAUCCCGGCGGGCUGCGGGGACGAGGAGGAGGAGGAGGAGGAGAGCAUCCUGGACACGGUGCUCAAAUACCUGCCCGGGCCGCUGCAGGACAUGUUCAAGAAGUAACGCCCCAGGCCACUCCUUACUCUUUCUUUCUGUUCUUUCUUUUCUUUUUAUUCAGUUGUCUCAGUUCUGAAGGGGAAAACCUCAGUUGGCCUCUGCCCCCAUUCCCUGGCCAGGGGCUCCUCCCCUCAGCAAUCCCUCCCACCCCCCCUUCAUCCCAGGGUAUCCAGCCCCACCCCAUUCUCAAGUAGUAUGAAAGUCAGAAGCCGGCCCUUCCCCAGCAGGGGUGCUGAACCCCGGGCCAAAAGCCCUGGGACCCCUCAGGAAGCAAGCCUAAGGCCCAUGCUAGUGUGGUGACCCUACAUUCCUCCAUGCUCCCCACUGCCAGGAGGACUGCUGUCCCCAGCCAGCCAAAGUAAUGACACAUUCCAGCCCUGCCCAGCAUGUUGACCUUUGGCCUCUGCCCCCAGUGGGCCUCCAGGUCAGGGCAGGGGCACUGAGUGGCCUGGCUCUGAGGAAAGGAGUCAGGAUAAGCCUGCCCCAUGCGGGUCCAGCCUGGGAGGCCCUGAAUCUGGCCAGGCUGGGGUCUGGGCAGGAGGCUGGCGCUCUUUUCCUCUCCCUGGUAACACCCAGCCCAGGAGCACCCCCUUCCCAACCCCAGCCAGAGAGGCAUGGCCCCUGCCCAGCUGGUCCCUCCAAAUGGAUCCUUGUUGGACUUUAGCUCAUCUGUGGAGGUGCCCAUGGGUAGGGCAGCUUCUUCUUCCCCUACCCCACUUAGGUCCUGGGACCCCACUGCCAGUCUGGGCCCAGCUUGCCCAGCCAAGGGGCUGCCCAGGCCCCCACAAAACACUUGGAGCCAUCGGGCAGUGAUGGUCUGUGCCAUGGGACCCCACCCAUCGGUGUGGCCAAGCUGCCCCCAUUCCUAUCCACUCCUCCUCCCAUCCUGUCCUGUCCAUGUGCUUCCAGGGCCCCAUGGUCCCCAGGAGGACCCUUCCUGGCCAAAGCCCCAAGCCUCUGGGAAGAAGCCAAUUCCCACAUGACAGAAGGUAUCAGUCCAUUCAUCUCAUUGGCCAAGAACAAACUCUCCUCUGGGACGUAUGGAACUGGCAUUUGUCAUCCUUACCUACCCCCAUCCAAAAUUGUCAAGGUUUCCCACUCAACUAUGUGAGAAUGAGGUGGGGGGUAUGGGAGGAGAAGGAGCAGAUGGGGGAAGAAAGUGUCCAUGCAUGCAUGACAGUGCAUGGUGGAGACUGCAUCAGUGAUAAGAUGUCCAGAGAUUGUAUGUAUAUGUAUAUGAUUAGUGUGUGUGUGUGUGUUAGUCAUCAUCUCUCUGUGGGAGUCCCUGUGGUAGAAGUUGUGUAUAUUCUGCAGCCUGUGGAUGUAUGCUUGUUUCAGGGGGGCAUUUGAGUUGAGAUUGUAUCACGUGUGUGUGCUAGACAUCUCCCAUGUGUUUAGAGACUGUACAUAUUAGCGUGUGUAUGCAAGUGUUUCAAAUGGUGUGUGGUUCAGGAGUGAUGCAUGUGUGUUAAGUGCUGUAGAAGUGUCCAUUUGUUUUGAGAGAAUUUUCAGAUGUGCUAAGGCAGUUGUGUGCACAUGUGUGGGUCUGAAAAGGUAGUUGUGUGCGUGCAUGUGUGCUUGGAGAGAAACGACGUGGGUAAGACGCCCCUCCCAGCCUCGAGACCAUUAGUCACAGGUGGCACAUCUGACAGGAGACCUUGUCCUUGGCCUAGAGUCCUCCCACCCUUGGGGGUUACCUGCCUGAGGUCCUCAGCAUUUGACUGGGACAGACCCAGGCAGUACCCCAGGAAGCCAUGCUGGCCCCACACCAGGGCCCAUCCCAAGAGCCGGGGCCACGGAGGGGGCGACUUGCCUGCUCCUGAAGCCCCUGCCCACUGGCCCCAGUUUGCAUUCUGCGGGUUUUCCAUUUUAGUGGAUUUAUGCUUUUAUUUCGGAGACAGACAUGUGUCUUCUCUGUCCGUUUCCAAUAGUUAAAGCCAUAUCAGUUAGACUGCAAUACUUUAAAGAUGAGACAAAACAAUCCAUAUGUUUAGGGAACCAGAAAAGUCCCUUGGUCUGUCCCUUCCCUGGGAAGCAAGGCCUCAACAGCCUCAGCUCCCUAGACUUACCCUCCUCCCCUGCCCCGUCCAUUCCCCUGUGCCCAUGUCUGCCCCCCAGGGGGCCCGUGUCUGUCUGUGCCUGUGUCUGUGAUGGGGAGCUACCUUGCAUCCCUGUUGUCUGCUUGUCUGUUUGUGUCUGUUGUCCUGGGCAGGAUGGUCAUUCUCAAGAGCCCUGGAGUCCUGAACCAGAGAGAGUCAGGGCCCAGUUCAGGGCCCCGGGCCCUGUGUGUAAGCCCCACUUGGACAAGGGGUGAACACCAUAUGCUCAGAGAGGUCUCCCUCUUGACAGGGGCCCUCAGACCUCAGUGAUAAUGCCAGGGCACAGACAGUGCCAGAUGGGUGGCAAUGACAAGGCCCAAGGAGCUUCAGAUGAGCAAGGAAAUCAGCCAUGAAAUAUCCCAGGUGGGCUUGAGGAACCCAGGCCCUCAAGGGUGUGCCUGCUGGUCUCUGUAGCCCCUCCUGACCCCCAGAGUAAGCCCAAAGCUUUUCAGUCCCUCCAGGCUGACUGGCUUAGUCUAGGGGCAUGACCCAGACUCCUCCAUUCUGCUCCUGGGCAGCAGAACUAAGGUCUUCCUGGAGGAGGGGCCAGGAAGAGAAUCUCUGCCUGGAUUCAAUCACUGCAGAGUGAUCACUCUCAGGUCCAAAGGGACACAAUGACUCAUCUCUGACACAGACCUGUGGCGAAGAUGGCGUGUGGCCCAGAGAGGGUGUCUCUGUGCAACAGAGGGCGGGAGCAGCAGGGAAGGGCUGCUCACAUCCCCACUUGGAGCAUAAGGCAUGAGACCCCCCAGAUGGGAGAAGGAGGGGUGUUUCACACACAAAUGGGGCACUGUGCAUGUGACACACUUAGGGAGGAGAAGACCCAGAAGUCAGUGUACACACACCCAAGGACAAGACCCUCAGCCCGGAGCAUAGUGAGGAGCAAUCUCGUGAGCGCAGGGGCAAACAGCGAGAUGCAAGGAGCGUGCACCUGCCGCCGUGGGCCGCCUGGCCUCCUGUGCCUGGGAGUCACCACAAAACAGCAGGAAAAGGGCUUCUCUGGAUCUCCCUGUGCUGGGCACGGGCGAUGCCAGGCUUUCCACCCACGAAUGACCUCCACUCCAGGUCCAAGCUCCCGAAAGGGAACUGUAACCGCACACACAUGUGGUGGUCCUCCUUCAAACGGAAACAGGAAGUCAAGAUGCCCUCCCAGGUGCAUGAGAGCGGGAGAAGGCAGCAGAGAGGGAAAGGGAAGCAGGUAUUGAGGCUGGGCCCUCUCGGGUGGGACAGCUGGUGGGAAAACAGCCCAAAGGCUCGUGGCUAGAAUAAAAUGGGGUGCACUCCCCAGCACCGAGCACCCCUGGUGCAGCUGGCAGCGCUGCCCACCCCCACUGGCCAACUGCUCCAUCCUUCCAGGGUUCCCCAGGCUCCUGCCUGCACCGGGGGCUGGGGGUUAGACUAACUCAGAUAAGGGACAUCUCCCAGGCCCCAGGACAAGCCUCCCACCAAACGCCCCCUGCUCCAGUCCCCACUUCUAUUGCCCUACGCUCUUCACUGGAGAAAGAACGGGAGGUGUUUGUGGGCCCUGGGGUGGACAGGGGAGGCCCAACGAGACCUGGGUGAGACGGACCAUCCUGCUUGCACAGGGGAACCCCUCUCCACAUCUGUGCUGUGUUCUUGUUGCUCUGCUUCCUUAAAUGUGUCAGUGCCUGGGGGAGGGGAGGAGCACCCCUCCGCCCCCCCGAACCUGACCAAAAGCCAUGGCUGUUGCUCCCCCUUUGUAUGACGCAAACGCUAAGAUGUACAAACCAAUCAUGACAACAGAGAAAAAGACCUUGUACAGCCGUU